CUCGGUCCAUCUCAUUCAAGGAAGCGAGAGCACGAUGUCUGGGAGAACAGCACUUCUGGCGCUGCUGCCAGUUCUGGCAUUAUGCCAACAGCCACAGUAUCCUCCAGCGUUUCCGCCAACACCCAUAUUGCCAUCGAGCUACAGCUAUGCGCCCUCUGUGACGCCGAACGUAAUGGACAAGACGGCUCCCAAUGCCCAAGCAGUAUGUCCUGGAUACAAAGCCAGCAACGUGGUUGAGAACGCCAAGGGCGUCACGGCAGACCUCAAUCUAGCGGGAGCCCCUUGCUCAGCGUACGGCAACGACAUUGCACAACUGUCUUUGGUAGUCCAAUAUCAGAGUGCACAGCGUCUCUCUGUUCGCAUGUUUCCCAAGCAUUUGACAGCGGAGAACAGUUCCCAAUAUCUCUUGUCCAAGGACUAUACGCCACAACCUGGACAGGACCCCGGUGCAACGAAGAGCAAAAGUGAUCUGCUGUUCGAAUGGAGCAACGAGCCCAGCUUUCAAUUCAAGAUCGUCCGCAAAAGCUCGAAGGACGUAAUCUUCAACACCUACGGCAGCAAGAUUGUGUUUCAAGAUCAAUUCCUGGAGCUCGCGACGUCCAUGGUACCGGAUUACAACACAUACGGGCUUGCAGCUUACAUUCACUCAUUCCGCCUGGGGCAGAACUUUACUCAAACUUUCUGGAAUGCGUACAACUUGGAUAAUGAUCAGAUCAUCAACGUGAAUGGUCACGAUACGCACCCCAUGUACUUGGAGACUAGAUAUGGCAAUGGAACGUCCGCAUCCCAUGGCGUGUAUGCUCGUAACGCGCAUGGCCAGGACUGGCUGUUGCAGAAGGGCAAAUUGACAUAUCGAACCAUUGGUGGCAGCUUCGACCUGUACUUUAUCUCCGGUCCUACGCCGACCAAGGUCAUCAGCCAGUACCAUACACAAAUCAUUGGCACUCCUGGAAUGCAGCCGUACUGGGCGUUGGGCUUCCACCAGGUCAGAUGGUCAUACCAAAACUGGACGAAUCUGCAGGAUGUCAUCGAUCUAUAUGCCGCGCAGAACAUUCAGCUGGAAUCCGUCAUGAGCGAUCUCGACUACCUCAAGAUGAACCGAGACUUCACCCUCAAUCCCGGCCACUACGACCUCGAAGAGGGCCGUCAAUUUCUGGCUAGGCUGCACGCCAACGGCCAGCACUGGCUGCCCAUCCUCAACGCACAAAUCUACGCACCCAACCCACAGAAUGCUUCCGACGCGUAUGCCACGUAUGAUCAUGGAAAGGAGCUCGAUGUAUACGUCAAGAACAAGGACAAAGGCACUUACCUUGGAGUCAUGUGGGCAGGAUUCGCUGCCUUUGUUGACUACACUGCACCCAAAGCUCAGCAGUUCUGGACCCAGGAACUGCAAAAUUACUACAAGCUCGUUGAGUUUGACGGCUUUUGGCUCGACGUCAGUGACCCGACUUCGUUCUGCACUGGCAGCUGUGGAACCGGACAGCUCGGUAUGAACCCUAUUCACGUCCCUUUUGCUCUGCCUGGAGACCCGGACACGGCCCUCGCUGUCGACUACAGGUAUCCUGAGGGAUUUGAGGUCACCAAUGCCACCGAAGCCGCUUCGGCCAGUGCAUCAGCUGCAUCGCAAUCCGCUGCAUACCCUACACCAAUGGUCACGCCCACCCCAACGGUGGGACGUACCAUUGCCACUCCAGGAGUUCGAAACCUCACGUUCCCGCCAUAUGCCAUCAACAACUUCCUGCCCGGACACUCUCUUGUCAAGUCUGUCGUGUCUCCCGACGCUCUCAAUGCAGAUGGUACCACUCAGUACGAGUUGCACAACCUGUACGGACACUUGAGUGGACGUACCACGUACAAUGCCUUGGCCACUUUGUAUGACGGGAAACGUCCAUUCUAUGUUUCCCGCAGCACCUUUGCCGGCUCUGGAGCGUUUGCAGGCCACUGGGGUGGUGACACGAACUCCAAAUGGGGAAAUAUGUACUAUGGUAUCGCCGAGGCUCUCCAAAUGAGCAUUGCUGGUAUUCCGUACUUUGGUGUGGAAACAUGUGGAUUCAACGGCAAUGCCGAUAUGGAGCUCUGCACUCGCUGGAUGCAGCUCAGUGCCUGGUAUCCCUUCUACAGGAACCACAACAACCGGAACACGAUUGCACAAGAAGCAUACAUCUGGGCUACGACGGCCGAAUCGACCCGAAGGAUCAUGAACAUCCGGUACUCCCUUCUUCCCUACACAUACACAUUGUUCCACAAGGCAAACACGGCAGGAGAGACUGUCCUGAGGGCUUUGGCGUGGGAGUUCCCCAACGAUCCCUCACUCGCUGCCGUCGAGACGCAGUUCAUGUCUGGUCCAGCUCUUCUGAUCACGCCGGUGCUCGCACCACUGGCCACCACUGUGAAUGGUGUCUUCCCCGGUGUCGCCGAUGGCACGAUCUGGUACGACUGGUACAACCUCACCAAAGUGGACGUCGCUGCUGGCCAGAACAAGACUCUCGACGCUCCUCUGCUGCAUCAACCCAUUCACAUCCGAGGAGGAUACAUCAUCCCGACCCAAAAGGCAGGCAACACGACUGCUACCUCGAGGAAGAAUCCCUGGAGUCUCAUCGUGGCCCUGGACAAGACUGCAAGUGCCCGGGGUGAGCUCUUCCUAGACGACGGCUUGAGUAUCCAGCAAAAGGCGACCAAGACAGUCGCGCUCAACUUCGCGAAGAAUAGCUUGUCUACCAAGAUCCAAGGAUCCUACAUGGACGCCAACCCACUCGCCAACGUGACGAUUGCCGGCAUCAAGACUGCGCCCAAGAGCAUCAGCGUCAACUGCGGCGGCAAAAAGAGCUCUUCUUCUGCAAAUGUGCAAUUCCAUCUUCAAGGAGAGGCUCUGUACAUCACUGGCCUCGAGAGUGCCACCAAAGGUGGUGUAUGGAACAACGAGCUUGUGAUUACGCUGCAAAACUAGAAGGAGAGACAAGAAAGCAAAAAGCAUUGCCUUUAUUUAUGCGAUGCUUUUCGAUCCGAUUGUACGUAGUAGACUAAAAAAGUAGACCAGACCAGAAGCUGAUGCAGGGGUUUGUGAAAGAGGUGCGCUUAUUUGGCUUGUCUUCGGGUGUAGGGUGAUAACACAGUCAUCCCCAGCUAUGAUUGGUCAAUCUCCCUCUCUCUCAUGGUUCUCACACCUAUCCUAGUCGAACAGGGGGUGAGGGAAGAACUUGUCCUUCUUCUCUCGCUCUCUCUCUGAGACUCUCUCUCUCCCUCCCACACAUGUUGUUCAUAAUAUGUUCUGUAUC